UUUCCCAUUCAUUUAGCCAUUUUAACAUUCAAACUUCUCGGUCCUUGUUAUCUCUUUUCUCCCCCCUUCAGAGAGACCAAUUAAAAUCCAGAUUCUCAUUAGCGAAGUUCCUCCAUGGACGCAGCAAGGGUUGACACUUCUCUUGACCUUAGGAUCAAUUCUUUCCAGAAUUGCCAGAGCAAUGGCAUCAUGGAUUUGAGAAGAGAUAGAGGCGGAGUUGCUGAAAAAUCGCGAGAAGUAGGAACACUCCAACAAGAAGUUGGUGUAUCUGUGGAAGAGUUCAGAAGGAUGAGCUCGGAGAACAAGAAGUUGACAGAAACACUAAAUGUCGUUUUGCUCGGUUACAACGCCUUGCAAAGCCAGAUGAUCAAUUUGGCGAAGGAAAUUUCCGUGAACGAAGUCAUGGAAUCAAGGAAGAGAAAGUUUGAGGACUAUAAUGACCUGGAAUUGUGGAAGAGGCCUACUGAGAGCGUGAAAUCGAAGACCUCUGUAGCUUAUGUCCAAGUCGACGCAUCCGAUACUAGCCUUGUAGUGAAGGAUGGAUACCAAUGGAGGAAGUAUGGUCAGAAAGUCACCAGAGACAAUCCCUCUCCAAGGGCUUACUUUAAGUGCUCUUUCGCUCCAAGUUGCCCUGUUAAAAAGAAGGUGCAAAGGAGCGUCGAAGAUCCAUCUCUCUUGGUUGCUACCUAUGAAGGCGAGCACAAUCAUCGAUGCCCUUCUCAAGGUGCGAAACCUGCCACUGCCUCGCCUCCGAUUUCACCGUCAUCUGUGAAACCUUCCAAUCACAACGCCAUUCUCGAUUUGGUCCGGUGUGGGUUUUCUAACCCGGAAAAGAAAGCUAAGCAAGAAACCGAAGUAGGGACGCCCCCGCAAUUCCUGGUCCAGGAAAUGAUUUCAUCCUUGACGAGAGAUCCCAAUUUCACAGCUUCGCUUGCCGAAGCCAUAUCAGGGGCGAUGUUUGACCGGUCUCGUACACAGAGUUGGUGAUGCCGGAGCAUGAUAGAAUUAGGUCGAGCGUCUCAAGAUGUGUUUAUUCGGUUGCUUGUUAGAUCAAAAGAGUGGAGAAUUCAAUUGCGAAUUGCGAAUCAGAGCAUAGUCAAAAGCGAUGCACAGAACAGCUAUAGAGACCUUUCCCCGACCAUGACUAGAUUGUAUGUAUGUUUGGAAUAAGUAUAUGCUUUGGUGCAUGAACCACAACGAGGUUUAGUACGUCUGGAACUCUUAAAUAAGAACAUGUAUGCGCAUUUACAUGUAA